AUGACCUCACUUGUCAGAAUUAUUUCAGUACCCUUACAAAUUCAGAAGUGGUAUGGUAAUCCAAUGAUUAAGAAACUAAUAGAAGAAACCAAUAUGACGAAAAACGCAAGUGAUUUUACAGUGGCUGAACUCAAGGGGGUUUUGAGGAGGAAAAAUCUGACGUUAUCAGGGACAAAAGCAGAACUGUUUGCUCGACUUCUAGAUGCAGAUCCAGAAGAAAAGUGGAUACAGGAAGUAUCAAGAGCUGAACAAGCAACAAAUGAGGAAAUAGGAAGGCAAGAUGCAGAACAGGUGGGACUGGACGCAGACCUCCUAGAUGCCGAGACGUGGCAACGAGACAGGAUGACGAGGGAUACGUCCAGAAUUGUCGUACAAGAAGGGAGACAAGGAACCUCCAAUGAUGAUGAGUGUUUGCAACGAGAACUCGAAUUUAUGAGAAGAGAAAGACAGCUCUUGAUUGACAGAGUGAACUUGCUAGAACGAGAGAAAGAGUUGAUGAGGCGUGAGGCACAAUUAGGGUUCCCACAACAGAAUGUUCCUCACAACAAUCACUUGAAAACGACUUUAAAGACAGUAAGUUACUCACUACCAGAAUUUAGUGAGGGCACUGAUUUCCUAGAAUGGGAAAAAGAAGUGUUAUACAUAGUGAGAGUGUUCCAUUUGGAAGAGCAGAUGGCACAAUUACUUGUGACGACUAAAUUGACAGGAAGAGCUAAGGCAUGGUUCCAUUCAAAGGCAGAGCAUCGGGAUUUGUCUCUGGCGGAAUUAUUAAGUACAAUGAAGAAAUUUUUUGAUCAUCGACUAACUCGUUUGAAGAGAAAACGAGACUUUGAAAAUAGAAAGUGGCAACACAAUGAGACUUUUGACGAUUAUCUCCAUGAUAAGACAAUUUUGGCGAACCGAGUUCCAGUGGAGGAUGAAGAAGAAAUCAUGCAAUACGUCAUGGAAGGAAUCCCAGAGCGGGGAUUGCGGAAUCAAGCCCGUAUGUUGAGGUUGGCUUCGAAGGAAGACUUAUUAACGGCGUUUAAGGGAAUCACAUUACAAACCGACCCACGGGGCGGGCCUAGAGGAAUAGGUAGCCUCAGUGGUAGUUCGGGUUUGGUGAGGACAGAGAAGCAAGACUUUAAGUUGCAUAAAACCGAAGUGAAAAGUGAAAAAAAUGGGGUCAAAGUCAGUGGACAUAAGGAAUCAGAAGGAGCGUGCUACAUAUGCUUCAAGAUAGGACAUCUGGCAGUGGAGUGUCCAGACAACUGGAAAAAUAGGAAAGUCAAGGAAGAAGCACAAGUGAAGCCAUCGCAGGUGACGAACAUCUACGACGAGCCAGCUGAUAAGGAGGAAUUCCGUGAGAUCGUUAUUUUUGAAAUUUUAGGAAGUAAUGGGCGGAAAAUACUAAAUUUAGAUAGACAAUUAGACACGGGGAGUCCCAUUAGUAUUAUUAAACAGCGGUUUGUGGAUGAAGAAUCAAUCCUUCCGGUUGAUUCCCAGAAUUUGAGGUACACAGGGGUUAAUAAGUCACCCAUUGAGAUUUUGGGGAAAGUCAUUGUAAGACUUACCCUGUUUGAUCAGGUAAAAGAGGACGUGGUAUUGUUCGUCGUGAAAGAGGGGACUAUUAGGGUCUCAGCCUUAUUGGGAAGGGAUAUUUUGGUUAAAAAUUUUAAGUUAACUUUGAUACCCUCGAUAGAAAAUAAAGAAAUGUCUGAACUAUUAAAUAUUAAUGUAGAUUAUUCGCAGAAUGUGCGUGACGAACUAAAAAUAAAUGAAAAUCUCGAUAUGAAGGAAGCAUUAGGAUUAAAAAGUUUGUUUAUGCAAGAGUAUGUAACUCCAGAAAGGCCACUUGAACCUAAAAUUAAGCAUGAAUUAAAAUUAAGGCUAAAAGAGAAUAAACCGUUUCACUCGACUCCUCGGCGUUUAGCAUAUGAUGAUAAAAUAAAAUUGAAGGGAAUAUUAGAGGGAUUAAUAGAAAAGGGGUAUAUCAGGCCAAGUGAUUCGGAAUUUGCAUGUCCAAUCGUAUUAGUCCGAAAAAAGAAUGGAGAGAUUAGGAUGUGCCCGGAUUAUAGACCUCUAAAUGAGAUGUUGGUACGCGAUAAUUACCCAUUACCAUUGAUUGAAGACCAACUUGAUGCAUUGGUGAACAAAAGCUAUUUCUCUCUGUUGGAUUUGAAAGACGGGUAUUAUCACGUUGGAGUCGCAGAGGAUUCGGUUAAGCUCACGUCAUUUGUGACGCCGUUGGGUCAGUUUGAAUGUUUACGUAUGCCCUUCGGUAUAAAAACAGCGCCAGCCACAUUUCAGCGUUACAUAAACACAAUUUUUCAAGAAGAGAUUAAGGCGGGUAAUGUAGUGAUUUCUAUGGAUGAUAUUUUGAUUGCUACGGAACCAUUAAGUGAACAAUUCGAGUUUCAGUUAAAGGCAUUCAGCCAACAAAGAGCGGCAUUGAGGCCGUUGAGAAUUUUCCGAUUCCUCGAACAGUGCGAGAGGUUCAGAGUUUUUUGGGGCUUUGUUCUCUCUUCAGAAAAUUUAUUGUCAUUUUCGACAAUUGCUAGGCCUUUGUAUAAUUUAGUCAAAAAGAAUAUCGAAUUUAAGUUUGAAAUGGAAGAAUUAGAGGCUUUUAAGACGUUAAAAUCUAGAUUGAUAUGUUUCCCCAUUCUUGCACUUUACAGUCCAAAAGAUGAGACUGAACUCCACUGUGACGCAAGUUCGAAAGGGUUUGGCGCGGCCCUGAUGCAAAAGAAGGCUGAUGGAAAUUUCCACCCAGUCUUUUUCCUGUCAAAAUUAACCACAGACACGGAAAGUAGCUAUCACAGUUUCGAGUUAGAGACGUUAGCCAUUAUUUACGCGUUACGUAAAUUCCGGAUUUAUUUACAGGGAUUGAAGUUUAAAAUAGUGACGGACUGUGACUCAUUAAGGAUGACCCUUAGUAAAAAAGAAUUAAACCCACAUAUUGCAAGAUGGGCUUUAGAAUUAAUGACUAAUGAUUAUUCGAUCGAGCAUAGACCGGGGAUCAGAAUGCGACACGUUGAUGCAUUGAGUCGCAAAAGUGCAGUUAUUAUGGACCCUUCUAUUGUUGAGAUUAGGGACGGGCUAGAGUGUCGUGAACACAAAUUUUAUGAGCUGCGAAAUGGAUUGGUCUACAGAAAGAAGAAUGAAAAGCUAUUGUUCUAUGUGCCCCAGCAGAUGGAAGCCAAUGUUAUUUUUAAGUACCACGAUGAAAUGGGGAACAUGGCCAAAGAAAAAACAUGCGGUGCUCACAUUAAAAAUUGUUUAAAAUGUAUAUCGUUCUCGCCAAGCUCAGGAAAAUGCGAAGGUUACUUGCAUAUCGUUCCUAAGGGGAAUGUUCCCUUCGCAACGAUUCACGUGGACCAUGUGGGUCCCAUUGAUAGAAAUCGACUAAUUAAACAAAACGUGUUAGGUGUUGUUGACGGUUUUACCAAAUUUGUGAAAUUGUACGCCACUAAAUCAACCUCGAGUAAAGAAGCCAUUGUUUGUUUGAGAGAGUAUUUUCAAAACUAUAGUAGACCCAAUGUUUUAGUGUCAGAUCGUGGAACAUGCUUCACUUCAGGUGAAUUUGAAGAAUUUUUCCAAGCGCAACAUAUUAAGCAUAUUAAAAUAACUACCGGGUCACCCCAGGCUAAUGGACAAGUAGAAAGAGUUAACCGUGUAAUUGUCCCAAUGUUAGCAAAAUUAAGUGACAACGAAAAUGGAAAGUAUUGGUAUAAAGUAAUUAGUGACGUAGAGUUUGCUAUAAAUAACACUAUAAAUAAGUCAACUGGCCAGACCCCCAGUAAGUUAUUGUUUGGAAUUAAUCAGACAGGGAAUGUAUUCGAUGAUCUGAAAGAAUACUUAAAAAGCAUGGGAACUGAAGAUGAUCAAUGUGAUCUAGAAGUAGUGCGGGAUAAAGCUGCCGGCCAAAUAACAAAAUCCCAAGAGUAUAAUAAGAUGUAUGUUGAUAGGAAGAGCAGAACCGCAAACGAAUAUGAGAAAGGUGACUUAAUUAUGCUGCCGAAUUUUAAGAAUACAUCGGAUGUCUCAAAAAAAUUAGUCCCUCAAUUCAAAGGUCCAUACGUUAUCCAUAAGAAAUUAAGAAAUGACCGCUAUAUGAUAGUUGACCCAGAAGGUAUUCAGAAUUCCCAGAAACCUUAUCAGGGAGUUUCGGAAGCGAAAAAUAAGCGGCCCUGGAAGGAUAUGUCUGUUGACGAUGAUGGCAGUGAGGCAUCAAAAGUUUUGGAGAGAGAUGACUGUAUUAAUUUAAGUUUCGUUCAGAGGAAUGCACCAGUUGUGUAUUUCACUUUAUGUGUAGAUGAAUGGAAGUAUUGUUUUCAGGACUGGUCACAUGUCAUCUGUGACGUUGUAGAUUUUGGGCCAGAGGCUGUAUCUGAGAGAACAGUUAGUUGGGUACUGACCGAGAACCCUUAUAUUUUAUUUAGCAAAAUAGACAGUGUUUAUAAGUACAUUUAG